CGAGCCGGGGCAGGGAUGGCCGUGCGCCGCAAGUGCCUACGGGCGGCGCAGGCGGAGCUCGGCGCGGGGCUGGUCGAGUCCAUGCGGGCGUCUUCGCCCACGCACGCCAGGGCCGCCGGCGUCGACGAGGAGCACGCCGCCUCGAUGGCGAGGCACCCAUCGGCGCUUGGCAAGUUCGAGGAGAUCGUGGCGGCGUCCAAGGGGAAGCAGAUCGUCAUGUUCCUCGACUACGACGGCACGCUGUCGCCCAUCGUCAAUGACCCCGACGCCGCCUUCAUGAGCGACACGAUGCGGAUGGCAGUGCGCAGCGUCGCCAAGCAGUUCCCGACGGCGAUCGUCAGCGGCCGGUGCCGCGACAAGGUGUUCGAGUUCGUCAAGCUGGCGGAGCUGUACUACGCCGGCAGCCACGGCAUGGACAUCAAGGGCCCGGCCAAAUCCUCCGCCGGACACGCAAAGUCCAACUCCAAGGCUAAAGGAGUUCUGUUUCAGCCAGCAAGCGAGUUCAUGCCCAUGAUCGAGCAGGUACGCAUCUUGGCUUCGACCUCACAACCACAUCAUCGACCCUAGCUAGCUACCCAAACUGUUCGCCUGUUUACAUCAGCUGUU